AUGCUUGACGAGCUGCAAGCAGCUUGUACCGAUUCCCCGCUUGAACGCUGGCAGAUUGGCCCCAUGUGGGAUAUUUUUGCAUCAGAUCCUGUUCCUUCUUAUCCACACACGGUGAACUACGCAGAUGUUGAGGAUCUGGCCGCUAUCAUCAUCCACAGCUCCGGUACUACGGGGAAUCCCAAGCCCGUAGUCGUGACCCAUGGGUACCUGGCAACCAUCGAUAAUAUGCAGACACUGCCUGUGCCUGAAGGGCGGCAGACUGCUCAAAUGUUUUUGCUCCAACAAGGCCAACUACGUUUCUUCCACAGUCCACUAUUUCACUUCAUGGGACUGGUAUGUAUCGCCGAGUGUCUCUAUUUCAAAACUCCCUUUUUACUGGCACCGGAUCGUCCACUGACCACGAGUCUGUUUGUUCACAUCAUGAACAAAGAAAAUCCUCCCGUAUGGGGGCUGCUCACACCAUACACUCUUGAGACACUGGCUGCCUCUGAGGAAGGGUUGCAAGCUCUGGCUAAGCUUUCCGCAGUCAACUAUGGCGGUGCACCCAUGGGACAAGCUACUGGAGAGAGGCUAUCUUCCAUAGUCAUAUUGCAGACUUUGAUUGGGAGUAGCGAAACCAGCUAUACGCCCACACUACUCUGCGAAGAUCCUGCCGAUUGGGGUUAUCUUGAAUGGAACCCAGCAUUUGAACUGCGAAUGGAAAGCGUUGGUGACGAUUUGUGGCAGUUGAUCUUGCCCCGUCCAAAGACACGCCAAUAUCAUGGAAUCUUCCACUCAUUUCCACAUCUUACACAAUAUCGAACCGGUGAUUUGUUUCGGCCCCAUCCAUCCAAGCCUGGAUUGUGGCAUUAUGAAGGGCGAAGCGAUGAUGUCAUUGUUUUGAAAAAUGGGGAGAAAUUUAACCCUACUGCCGCUGAAAAGCUGGUGGAAUCCCAUCAUCUCAUCAAACACGCGGCUAUAUUUGGUCAGGACCGUUUCCAGGCAACUCUGCUGCUUGAGCCUGAGUGGAAGCAGCUGCCUUCGGCAUGGACACCCGACUGGCUGAAACUAACGCUUUGGCCCUUGGUUGAAAAAGCCAAUUCCCUCUUGCCCGGUCACGGAAAGAUUUUUGAAAGCCAUAUGGUCAUUGCAUCCAGUGAUAACCCUUUUUCCCUGUCCCCAAAAGGAACCUUGCGCAGACGCGAAAUUGCGAGAUCGUAUAGAACCAUUCUAGACGAGCUAUAUGAGCCCCAGAAACCGAUGCCACAGCGCACUGGUCAAUUCAAUGAAGCACCAGGAACAACUUUUUCUGAAAUUCAGGAGUGGAUCCAGGAAAUAGUAGCACAUAUUCUUGCUCUUAACACUGUUGGUCGCCAGAGUGACUUUGCCAGCCUGGGAAUGGACUCACUUCAAGUCGUCCGGCUUUCUCAGGUCCUGCAAAAUGCCGAGAAGAACAUGCAAUUGGUCGAAGGCCCGGUAACAUGGACCAGCGAGAUGAUUUAUGACCUAGCGAGUAUCCCGAAUAUGGCUAACACUCUCUACCGGCGCAUCCAUGGCCGGUCCCCGGAGACAGAUGCAACAGAAACUCGCACUUGGCCACGAGAAGAUCUCUUAACCAAGUUGAUUUGGGAACAAGCACAAUUCCUUGGCUCCGGUGGAUUGACUGUGGCUUUGACCGGAUCAACUGGGGAGCUGGGAAGCUAUCUCCUGAACACAUUGGUCCAGGAUCCUUCAAUAAAACAGAUCUAUUGUUUGAAUCGCUCAGGUGACGCUGCGGAACGGCAAUUGGCAAGUUUUGAAAAGAAGCACUUGUCCAGCGUUUGGCUGGCAGAAACAUCUCGCGUGAAGUUCUGGCUUAGUCAUCUCGAUGAAGAGUACCUAGGUCUGGCGCCAGAAAGGUACAACUUCCUUAAACAAAAUGUUGAUGUGAUCAUCCACAAUGCCUGGCCUGUGGACUUUAACCAACCAAUCGCUAAUUUUCAACCUCAAAUCACUGGGGUCCGGCGACUUCUGACACUCGUUGAAAAUUCGGUUCACAACGCAGAUUUUCAUUUUGUCUCAUCCGUCUCCGCUGUCUUGGGUCAGUCGUCGGUGCCAGGAUCGACCAUCAUGGAAACCCUGCAGAGCAUGAACAAACCACUUCGAUUGGGAUAUGGUGAGUCGAAGUAUGUGGGUGAAGCUCUCUGUAGUAUUUCUUCUCAGCGCAGCGUAUCUCGGAUCACUAUCCACCGAGUUGGACAACUCGGUGGUCCUUCCAACCUGGAAGCAGGCAUGUGGAAUCCACGUGAUUGGUUACCAUCUCUUGUACGGUCAUCACACACUAUGGGCACAAUUCCUGAUAGCUUGGGUCCGUUCCAGGUGGACUGGUUGCCGAUUGAUGCUGCCGCUCGUAUAAUGAAUGAGAUUGUCCAAACUCAGCGCAGCAAAUUGCCUUCUGAAAUGACGAUUUAUCACAUAUUAAAUCCACAUACGACAGAUUGGAAGGAAGUGGUCGGUACAGUUGCUAAGGCAUGCGAGGCCAACAUAGUCUCACUCGCUGAAUGGGUUCGAAUGCUGGAGUUGCAGGCUGCUAAUGGUGCCACUGAUCUCCGCCGCCUUCCCGCCGCCGGCCUCUUAAGUUUCUUCCAAAUGCUCGUCAGACAAGAGGAUCUUCCAAGGCCUAGGCUAGAUUUCAGCAAUACCAAAAGGGACAGCACAACAAUGUGUGCCCAAGGCCCUGUCGAUCAGGAGUUGAUGGAGGUGUGGCUAAGCCAGUGGAAGGAGUGGAUCCCAGAACUGGCUAUUUGA